UACAACUCCCUUAUCAAAAACAGAGAGAAGAGAAGAGGUUGGGGUUUUACACAAAACUUUCUUCUUGUUAGAAAAAUGGCGUUACUUCGUUUUGUAUGUUUUCCUUCUUCAACUGCCUUCUUCUCAUCAUCAUCUAACCAACAAAACCCCCACCAUUUCUUAUUCCAACACAAUAAUAAUUCUAUAUCUAUACCUUCUUCUACUUGUUCACUACAACCCAAUCGCUUCUUUAUCAAAUCAUCACCACCACCUCCUAAUUUCCAAAUACAUUCAUCCGCCGCCACAACACAAGCUGACAACUCAACUUCACAACAACAACAACAAGAAGAAGAGUUUUCGAAAACAAGAUUGUUAGCUCAAAAUGUGAAUUGGACAUGUACUGCUGAUGAUAUCCGCCCUCUAUUCGAAAAGUAUGGUACUGUUGUUGAUAUUGAGGUUUCAAUGUUCAGCAAAACCAAAAACCGAGGUUUAGUGUUUGUUUCCAUGGGUUCGCAUGAGGAAGCAUUGGCAGCUUUUACAAAUCUUCAAUCGUAUGAAUUUAUGGGGAGACCUCUAAACCUCACUUGGGCAAAGCCUAAGAAGACAAAAACACCUUCUGCCCCUGCACAACCAAGGACAGUUCCUGUACACAACUUAUUUGUUGCAAAUUUACCAUAUCAAGCAAGAUCGAAAGACCUAAAGGAGCUCUUCAGUGCUGAAAAUCCUAAUGUUGUAUCUGCGGAGAUUAUAUUUAAAGAAAACCCACGAGGUUCUGCUGGUUAUGGUUUUGUCUCGUUUAAUACUAAGCAGGAGGCCGAGGAUGCUCUUUCUGCUUUUCAAGGGAAGGUGUUUAUGGGAAGGGCUAUUCGAGUCUCACCUAGUAAACAAUUUCUUAGGCAAGCUACAAAAAAGGCACUUGCAUCAAAGGAUGAAUCAACCAAAUCAGAACCUGAAGGAGAGAAAGCACAAACAGCUGAAGUUGGAACUCAAUCGCUUGACCAAUAGGUCUGGAUUUUAAUUGUCCCCAAUUUUGUUUUAGUAUAUUAGAUUGUUAAAGUUAUGAUAGUAAACAUGGGGUUAAUUCCUUUAAGAUGUUGUAACGAAAAUGGAGGCUAUCUGCAAAAAAAAAUAAAAAAUAGUGUUAUUAUUGUGUA